UUUUCAUUGAAUUAUUUCAGAAUUGCCUAAUGUCAGUGACAAAGAGACAUAUGCUGUAUACAAAAAACAAAUUAAUGACAAAAAACCAUUUAUGAUGACAGAAGAUGAAUACCGUUUAUGGUUUUUAAGAUUACCAAAGGCACCUGAAAGAUAUUUAAAUCAUAAAAACACGAUGUUAAAAUUAAAGAAAAUUAUAGUUCAGGUGGAACCGCUAGAAAAAAACGAAUUCGAUGAUUUAAAAAAUCUGUUUUCAAUACCCUAUGAAACUUAUGAAGAACACCACGAUCGGUUAAAAAAUUAUAAAUUGAGAGAAUUAAAGAGAGAUCAAUUCACAAGAGAAAAAGCCUAUCGAGUUCUCGUAGGUGAAACCUAUACGAGUCAUGUUGAAAGAAUACAAAAGUUGUUUUAUGAACUGGAUUAUAAUUUAACCGAGGAGAAAAUAAUCGAAGACCAUGGUAUAGAGACACUGCUUCCGAAUAAUUUUGCAGAACAUGUGUUAUCUUAUCCAUUCAACUAUGAUACUUCAAAAAAGUUUUUAUCGAGACAAGAAACUAUUACAUCUAAUUUAGAUCUAUACUGACAUGUGCCUGCGAGUAAGAAAACGCCAGAUCAUAGAAUGUGGAUACGGGUCACGACGCGUUGACAUACACUGCGUGUGUGCCAACCACCCUAACUUUCAUUUACACUCGCACACAUUGACAUGGCCCGGUUGUACUUGCCUCAUAAUUUGCCUAAUUCUUACUCGUUAGAAAAUAACUUAACCCUUAAUGAUUUUAAGAUUCAUUUUCUAUACAUUUUAAAUUCAUUUACAAUUUACUUAUCAACCUACCUUAAAUGAGUUUUUU